AGAGAGUCCCUGUCUGUGGUCAACAAUUAUUAUCAUGAUUUUAUAUUUUAUUGGAGAAAGAUCAAGUGGAGUUGAAUUUGAAUAGCAUCUAUAACUAUAAUCGAUUAUAUUUGGUUGACCAGGAUUAUAUGUGAGGGAACUAACUUAUAUUUGAGAAACAAAUAUUAUUUUCUGAUUGAAGCUUUUAUUCAAUAUAAUAGUUCAGGUGUGUUGUGUAUCUAAGUUGGAUAUUUCGUUUUACUUUAAUUAGUGAUGAGUGAAGGUCUGAAAGAAACCGAUAAUAAAAGUGAUGACAAGAAGAAAAUCGAAGCAGAAGAAAUGGAACAGAUUAUGAAUGUUGAAAAUAAGGAAAAGAAAAUAAAGUCUGAUAACAAAGAGGGAAUGGAAGUGAAACCAAAAAAAAUACCUAUUGGAGGUAUUCAAAUGCCUGGAUUUUUUACCAGGAGCAAAUCAAAGGAGAAAUGUAAGGAUGAUGAUGAUCAAAAUGAACAGGAGGAAAUUGAUCUCAGGGAUCAAAAGGAUAAAACCAAGGAAGAUCUGAAAGAAAGAACUGUGCCAAGAAUGGUUAAAUUACCAAACCCAUUUAGGAAAUCGAAGUUGAUGAAUGAUGAUGGAGAAACUAUAUCAACAAAGCAUAAAUCUCUCCUAAAUAGGCUUUCUAUAGGAACUGUGAUACCAGGUUUAAAGAAAGAUUCUGAUAAUAAUCUAGAUAACCAGGGGCAAGCAGGACUUGCAUCAAUAGAAACUUUAGAUGAGAAGAGUGGUGAUGGAAAAUCAGAGGAAAAGUUAAAAGCUCAAGAAAAGGAUGUUGAAAAGCAGGCAUCUUCUGAUAGUUCAAGUUUUGGACAGUUUUUCAUCACUUACAAAUAUGCUAUAAGUGGAGUUUCAGUUUUCUUGUUAUUUCUGAUAAUAAUUUUGAUUGUAAUAUUCUCCUACCAAGACAAAACUAUUUGUGAAGCCCCAGUUAAGGAUGGAAAAUAUGUGAUGACGGUGACAAGUUGUGGGAGGGUUGAAGGUUUGAUUGAGGAUAGUGCAGUCACUUUUAGAGGAAUUCCAUAUGCUCGGCCUCCCGUUGGCAAUCUCAGAUUCGAAUAUGCUCAACCUCUGAAUAAUAUAAACCAUUGUUGGAACGGAACAUUAAUAGCUCAUAAUGCAACUGACAACUGUCUUCAGAUUCACAGCAAUGGAUCAAUAAGUGGCUCAGAGGAUUGCCUGACCCUCGAUGUUGUAACUCCAUAUGUACGCUAUGACAAUCCUUUACCAGUAAUCGUUCUAAUUGGGGCUGAAAGUUUGAUUGGAGACUCUCCUGGAAAGAUGAGGCCUUCAGCCAGAUAUGCCAGAUCCAAAGAUGUGGUAUUUGUCCGUCCCAACUUUAGACUCGGUGUCUUGGGAUUUUUGGCUCUAGAUAUUCUGAGUAAUGAUGAGUAUCCUCAUCGUUCCGGAAACUAUGGGUUGUCAGAUAUUUUAGAGGCGUUGAAAUGGGUACAGUUGAAUAUUGAACAUUUUGGAGGUGAUCCAAAUUCAGUCACAUUGUUUGGGUAUAGAGCUGGGGCUACAUUGGUUACAUCCUUAGCAAGUAUUAGAAAACCCCAGGAAUAUUUUACCCGGGCUUGGGCAUCUUCUGGCAGUUCAAUUUAUCCGAAAAAAUCCAGACCUGAUGCUGAAAAUAAUAACAGAAAAUUCCUUGAAAUAAUCCAGUGUGACAAUGUUGAGUGUUUGAGGAAAAUGGAUGCUGAGAAGUUGCUCAACGCAGUUGAAGACACUUGGAGGAAACCACAGCCCGAUUUACCCCAUCCUGAAGAAGAUCCUAGCAAACUUCAUGAAUGGCUGGUUUUAGAUGGGGAUAUUUUACAAGAACAUCCAGCCACUGUUUUGGCAAAUGAAGACUUGAAAGUACAACUCGUUAUUGGAUCCACAGCACAUGCAGCUUAUUCUGAAAAAUUGCUCUUUAGAAAUAAGGAAUGGACAGAGUUUCUCGUCAAGGAACAUAUAAAUAUGUCCCUUUUGGCGACUAAGAACUUAACAAAUGAGGUUACUAGUAUGUAUCCAAUGAAUUUUAAAGGUUUGACUACCAUCAUAUCUGAUAUUCGCAUUGUUUGUCCGUUACUAUCGAUAUCGAGUGUUAUGCGAAAAGUUCCAUUUUAUGUCGUUACACAAACACGUGGUGAACAAGACCUUGCCGAUAUUGAAUCAGAUGUUGAUGCAAUAUUAGGAAGAUACGAGCCGAAAACGCCUGAACAACGCAGAUAUGUAUCUGCGAUGCAAGGUUUGUUCUAUCAUUUUGUUUGGCACGGUAAAAUUGAACAGCAAAAUAUUGGACAUGAAGUACUCAUUGUUGGACAAGAUGUUCUACCAAAUUCUUCUUACUCAAAAUGUGACUUUUGGACGACAAAGAAUUUUGUACCCGCUUAUGCAGCUCUAGAUUAGGAAUUUUCUACCAUUUUAUAUUUAUACAUCUUUUAUAUUUGUAUAGUGUUUGUGCAUUUAAAAUAUACUCCCAACGCUAUUUCUUGUAUAUCGGCCUGACUAUACAGUAUGUCCCGUAGAGAGUGCCUAUUAUAAGUUUACAGAUAUUCCAAAUGGAACAUCCCGUAUUAUAUUAAUUGUUUUUCUAAUUCUACCUUCAUUUCAUGUAACGAUUCUUAUAGUUGAGUAGAUUCCAAGUUAUUCAUGUUGCGCACCUUAGUAAUAAACAGUUUCUUUCAAGCCUUCAUCUUCAGUUUAUUUCAAAAAACUUUGCAUAAGUCGAAAACUACUCAACAUAGCUAUACAGAAUGUUUCAUGAAAAGAAAGCAGAAUGUGAUUAUACAUUUGAAAAUGUAAUAACAUACGAUGUGUUUCAUUCGAAAUAAGCGAGUUGAUAAGCAAUAUAUCGGUAUACCGAUUGCAAAUAUUUUGAAAAGUAAGGUUCAUCUACCUAAUGUCUUUGUUCAAAGUUUCAAACAUAUCCAAUAAAUAUUUCUCCGUAAAGUUCGAAUGGGCACUCCUUGUGGGACAUCCUGUGUACUAAAUAAUGAAAUCCAUAAGUUAUACGAUAAAUAGCGUAUUCAAGUCCAAUUAUUAUAUCCAAAAAUUCUGUUGAAGUUGUUACUCAUUCUCAAUUUGUGAAUGUGAAGUUUCAACUGUCUACCACGGCUAUCAUUUUGUAUGUUUGCUUUCUGACCAACUUUUCAUGGUGAAUCCUACUUUUGAAAAAUCAGUUUGUGAUUUGCCCUGGUUGAAUUUUAAUCUGAAAUGUUUAUUUAUUUAGGAUUGAAAAUGUUAAGACUGCAUCUCGUGAGAUUAUUUCCGUAACAUGACUGGUAUAUAUGAUCUCGAUUUUUUAUUCUUAUACAAAAUAUUUAUUUUUGACAAGAUUUUUGAGUUGAAUGUAAUGCCAAAAACUAGGUAGUUCAUAAUAUUCUAACCAAUUUGAGUGUAUGUAGUAUUAGAUAAUAAGCUUUUGAAGCUGUGCAUGUUAUUUACCAGUAUAUCUUUUUUUCUCUAUUUAUUCAAUACCGAUAUUAAAUAGUUAUCUUUCCAGUGUGAUACAGACAAAAUCAGUUUUUUAUUAUAGCUGCUGUUUAUACCAUGUGUAAAUUUUGUCAGGCGAAUUUUACAUUUUUCGAUUAUUAUGUACUCAUGAUCUCAAGAACUGAAACUUUUCAAAAAUGUGAAAUGUGCCGUCCCAAAAGAAGAAUUAUGAGAACCAUUGAAUUUUCAUAUCGAGGGUUUCGUGCCAGAAGGGCUUAUCCAUAACCUCGGUAACUUUGUGGAUACGCCCUUUAGGCACAAAACCCUCUAUAUUAUCAAAUUGUAAAAAGCUGGGAAACUCUUCUAUUGAAAAAGAGUGUUACUUCAUUUAAACUCCUCAUAAAAUGUGAUUUCAGUGAAACUUAUUGCUCAUUUUGUUUUGAAAUUUGGAUUCAACACUGAUGUUUGUACUGUAUAUUUUAUUAAAUAUCGAAUUAUUAAA